AUGUCCUUGGGGGAGUUGAUACUGAAACAUGAGCUUCAACUUUCGCAAGCUGACGAUCAAUUGUACGAUUUCUAUGCUCGGAUAGAAUCAAAUCAGAUCAACCUUCCUACUGAACAAUUCGAAGACUCCGAAGAAAGAGGACUCCAUUCACUUUCACUUCCAGAUCUCGACGCAAAAUACAACGAGUUACGCAAUGUGAUGAAUGAGCUUGAUACCCUCAAAGUUGUUUCAAAAGACGUGGAAGAACUCCAUCAUUUGAUUGCUAAAGAAAACCCCAAUACGUUGGAUUUUCAUCGCACAUUUCAACUCUUUGCAACUUUAGAAGUUAGUUGCACCAGUCAUACAGAUCUUAUAAUUUAUCAGCAAAUUUUGAAGGAUGUGGCAGAAUUACGUCUCCAAUUCAGUAUGCAACUCAACAAUUACCUCAAGUCGUUGAUUCCAUCGCUGAAAAAGGUCCGACCAUUGGUAAUAGGAGAAUUCAACCAAUUACUUGAAAGACAUCUGAUCAAAUUGGAAUGGUAUACUUUUUUAAAAGAGGAGUGGGAUGUUAUGGUUGAAACGUUACCAACUCUGGGAUGGAAAUUGCAUCAAAGAGAGCUAGAGGACGGCGAUGAAGAAUUGGAAUUAUCCAAGGCACCCGAGUCUUCAUUCCUUCAGCUGACUCUAGCAUUUAUUGAGUACAUUAACGCUGUUGAUCUGGAAGCAAUUCGUCGUUAUCUUAACUCUAAGUUAGGACGCGUUGUGGUUGAAACUGUUCUGAAAAAUAUCAAUCGAAUCAUCAAUGACCAAAGCGAGGUCAAUGCCAUUCUUGAGCUUACUAAAAUUGAUGGCUGGCAACUUUUCCCACAAUUUGAUUCUGAAUUGUCGAUUCAAGAUAAUCUCAAGGUGAUUUACGAUUAUCACAAAGUCGAUGAGGAUAUCGAUAAAAUUCGAAACAUUUUUGCCGAGGAAAUAAGCUUGAAGGAUUGGGAGUUACCUUUAAGCGGCGAGGAGUUUUCAACUACUGAGCAUGCUGAAAAUCCACAACCGCACACCGGUCAAAGCGGACAAUUUGCGACAGAAGCACCUGGUGAUGUUAACGAUGACGAUGAUGGUUGGGGUGAUCAGUGGGACGAUGACGCUUGGUCGGGAGACGAGGCGAAGGCAACGAAAAGCGUACCCGCGGAUGAUGAAUCUGAGGACAACUGGGAUGAUUGGGGUGAUGACACUCAGACUACAGCUCCUACUUCUCCUGCAAAGAAACGGAAAGUAGGACAGGUGAAAAAGACAAAUUGCAGCUCACAUAUUCAAGUUCACUGUACAGACUACCCUCGGCAACUUUUGCCAUUGAUCAAGGAUCAUGAAUCAAGCGCCGACUUAAUAUCAGCCAUUAACGCUCUUGCCAUACAAACAUAUCCUCCUACGACUGAGCUGCUCCUUCUCUACAAUGACAUGUUCCAACUCUCUGACGCUACUGGAAACGACAAAUUCCGAAAUUUUGGGAUUCAACAAUGGAGACAAACGCAGACGGCAUGGUACCAAUUCCUUGGUAACACUUUGGCCGCGUUGAAUUUAUCAGAUGAAAACGACAAUGUCGAAUCACUACUGGACGACUUCGAGUUGGAUGGUGCCAAUUUAGACAAGGUGCUGCAAAUCCAUCAUUGGAUUGAAGGACGGCUUCUGCUGGAUUUAGGGCUGACUAACGCGCAUGAGUUUAAGCGACUUAUGCUCCAACUGAUUGAUUACAUCAAUAACCGUUUCAUCUUGGAAGUUCUCAACUUAGGGCUGAUCACCGAGUUUCAACUGGCAAAAAUUUCGGCAGUCAUAAAUCAUUUAAAGAACUUGACAGUUCCUACGAUAAUUGCACUCGCCAUUCCCACUGAUAAGGUUCCUUCAGUACAUCGUUUGGACAACUUGAAAUUGUUGGUGAAUCGACUGCUAAACGAAAUCAUGGACCAUUUUUACAAUGGUGACUUUUACGACUAUACCACAGAUGAACUUAUUCGCAUGAUUGAACAGGUAUUUAUUAAUCUGGAGCUUCGAACCCAAUCAAUUCAAGAAAUUAUCGAGGUUCGCACUGCUAGCUAG